ACUGAGGGAAGCUUGUACCUAAAUUUGCAUCUGAUUAUUAUUAAUUAAGCCUCAGUGGAAGUUGCAGAUACCACCAAACCUCAUCUAUCGUAGGUGUUUGCUGACCCAAGAAUGCCGCAGUAAAUAAAAACGUUGCUCACUUUAAAAGGGCCAAACCAUAUAUUGUAAAAGUUUUAAAAGCACAACAAGGAAAAGCAGGUAAACACUUUUUAUCCCAACCCCAAGAAGGAAAGAAGAUAGAAAAGUUCCCCACAAACACACGGUUACACAAAAUACAAUAAUUACACAGUCCAGUGUAGCCUGCUCAUUUUUGACACUUCAUUAAUAUUUAUAAGCAAUCAUUAAUAUGUAUGAUUUGUUAUGAAUAUGUAGUAGCUGUUAGGAAUGUUAAUAUAGACGUUUCUAGGAGUGUUGCACACGGCACACAGGUAGCUGCACAUGUCACACUGUGCUGCUGCAUGCAGCUCACUGAUCCAGGCUGUUACAACUUGUUUAUCAAAGCAACCAAUCAGGGACCCUUGUUUUCCUGUACAGGGUCCAAUGAGUGUAAAGAUAAAGAUAAUGAGUAUUUAUGAGAAGGGUGCUUGGAAGGCCUGGCUAAGAGUUGUUUGUGUUGGUUCCUGCCACCCUUGUUCCUGCUUGUCUGUCUGUUUAUGUCAGUCUGUAGUUAGUCAGGGUUAGCUAGAUCUCGUCAUCGAGUGUGUCCGUUAGGAUUAGUGCGUCGGUUCACUGCACCAGCGGCCGGGUACUUGUCCGUGACGGGAGCGUCGAGUCUAGCUAGUCAGGUUUUGUUUCCAGGUAUUAGGGAUAGGUAGCUGUCUAUCAUCGGUUCCUGCUAAAGAGCAGAAGCCACCUGAAGAUCAGCGCCAGGCAAGUCUCCACCAGUGAUUCCUGCAAUCUAGGAGCGCAAGGCCCCAGAUGAGGAUCAUCACCACCUGCCUGCACCACACCCGUCCCCAGGGUCUCCGAGGGAUCGCCUCUCUGUUCCUCACUGAGGGCUCGGAAGGAGCCUAAGGCUUGAGGUCGAGAGCACCGCAGAGGGUCACCGUUGUGAGGGAUCUCCUCGUCUUUCACCAGAGGCUUUAAAUUAGCCAAAGGUUUGAGUGACAGGAGCUUCUCACCCACUGUCAACUACUGGACUGUCCAGCAGAAGGAAGAUGAGCUCCAGCGACAGCAGCGAAUCGGAGAAUGCCCAGGCCCUGGAGGGAGCUUUCGAGGCAGAGGAGCCGUGCCUAGGGCAGAGAGGGAAACGUGAUCUCCUGCCGGCUGUCUCUCUGAUCGAUCUGGACGAGCAAGUGGCAGAAGACGGCGAGGCAGAGACCACCCUCAGAAAGAAAAAGCGAAAACACAGGCUGCUGUCUAUCAACCUGAGCAAGUGCAAAUACGAGAGCGUGCGGCGUGCUGCCCGGCACUGCGGCCUGAGGGAAGUGGGGGAGGACGAGGAGUGGACACUGUGCUGGACUGACUGCUCGGUCUCUCUGGAGCGCGUCAUGAACAUGAAGAGGUUUCAGAAAAUCAACCAUUUCCCGGGUAUGAUGGAGAUCUGCCGGAAGGACCUGCUGGCCCGCAACCUCAACCGCAUGCUCAAACUCUUCCCCAAGGAGUACAACAUCUUCCCCCGCACCUGGUGCCUGCCUGCUGAGUGAGUGCCCGCUCUGCCAGCCAGACACUGGCUCUGAGAGUGGGACCGCUUUCUGGGGAUCUGCUGCCGACCCUGGGCCCCGACACGGGCUUUCCUUGUGUAGCCCCUUUUUCCUCCCCAGGUUACUCGGGAGCAGGUCACACUCACAGGCGUGCCUGGGUGCCUGAUGUUUUAACAGCAAAGGAGCUCCCAAGUGCUCCAUGGGUGAUGUUGUUUAGUUGGGGAUUCCCUCUCCACCCCCUUGCUCCUAAAGAAUAUACAAUGGCCCUGCCUCCACUUGGCUGGCCCUGUGCACACUUCCUGGCGUGCCUUGGGAGCCUCCAGGAAUACCGUUAUUCCAACAGUAAUUUGGAUCUAACUCCAAGACAACAAUUAUGAAUAAUACACAUCUCAUUGAUGCAAUUAGAAUCAACACACCUUUACUUAACAACUUA